AGCUGUUCACAUGUGACUGCGUAACCUAAGUUAUUUCAUACAAAUCAACUUAUCGAUCUCACUCUCUGACUUCUUUCUUACAUUCUCUUCUCUUCCGGUCACGUUCCCUAACUUGUAUCAACCAUGGCGCUCUCUAAUACCCACCUAUUGCUUCUCGUCAUUACUAUCCUCGUGCUCCUCCCCGCCCCCGCUGCCGCAUUCGGUGCCGGUAACAUCGCAAGCCUUUCCAAGGUCGAAGGUCACAACUGGCGCCAUGGCGACAUCGAGGAUGUGUUGGCUACGAUCGCAUUUCUGAAAGGUCGAAAAUGGACCUCGAUGCAGAUCAAACGGACCUAUUUUGGCAACUGGCUUAGAGACUACUCCCAGGCAGUCGACGUUGGGACAUUAAAGGGCGUGCAAGCAGAGACUAUCAGAGUUCUUGUGUGGGUUCUCGCCUUCAUGUCAUUUGGCUAUGCGACCGGUGAAUUUGAAGUCACGGCGCAACGUCUUGGCGUGUACCGACCAGAGGAGCAUAUCGAUAACCCAAAGGACUACGCCGACAACGUUGACGCUCGACAAUAUGAUCAGCGACUACGAGGUCCAGUCAGUCCGCAAGAGCUAGCUGUAGAUCCUCAUACUGGCAUGAAGAAUUAUAUCGCCAAUGAGCAAGGAGGAUGGGCCACCAGUGUUGGCUAUAUCAAAUUCAGCUUAGCACGAAGUAUUCAUUUCGGUCGCAUGUAUACGUCCAGUCGGCAGAAAGGCAAGGAAGAGGACUUGUGUGAAGCACUCCGCUGUCUCGGACAGGGUCUCCACUGUCUAGAAGACUUUGGGGCCCAUACUAAUUACACGGAGCUCGCUCUCCGCGAGUUGGGAUAUGACAAUGUCUUUCCACACACCGGAUCAGCGACACAGAUCAAUCUCCGUGGCAAAUAUGUUUUUCCCCUUGUUACAGGUACCUUUGGUGGUGUGGAUUUCCUUCACUCAGUCUUGGGUGAGGCAACCGAUCACGUCACCCAAUCCGAGCUCGAUGAGAUGAACUCAACUCUUGGGAAUGCAUCAUCGUCAGGAAAGAAGGGCAGUGGUGGCGAUACUAGUGCUCAAGACCUUGUUAGCCUCCUGUCCAAGAUCCCUGGUACCAGUACUCUUUGCGACGAAGCAUUCCAGUUACAGACAUUGUCGGAGCAACAAGCAGCAGCAAACGGCCAUCACGGAUCCCGAGGUUUCGAUGGCACAUCGAGCUCCCGAGACGGUCCAAGUCAAAGUCAGGGGACUCCGAGCUUCCAAGCGCCUCCCGGCUCUAUGGGCGGACCUCCGGGCCCAGACAUACCAGGUACUAACAUGGAUCCAGCACAGAUCAUUCCUAAAAUCUAUCCUAUUCUCGAGUUUCGCGACAAGGUCGUUCGUGCAAUCAGCACAGUCAUCUCCAAGAUUCCUGGUCUAGAGAAGCUGAUUGACAACAUCUCUGAGCGGGUUACCUUGUUCAUCUUUGGUCUUCUGGCACCUUACAUCCAGCCCCUGAUCAAGGCGGCUUCUAAGUCAUUGAAGGAGGGCUCGUCGACGGUGGUUGAUGCGUCUGCGAAGCAGCAAUACGGGGUGUGGAAUGACCCUCAUUCCACAGAUCCAACCCACUCGAUGCUGUCGAAAGAUCACUUCUCCAACGUCCUCAACUCACCAGCGGGCGAAGUAGCCGCCCAAAUCGUCAAAUACGUUGCGCCGCGCGUCGUGUACGCAUGGGAAAACCCAAACAUACCCGUCGAUCAAGUCGUCGACGACGUAGCCCGAGUGUUUCAUCAUCCGGCCAUCCGUGACGAGAACAUUGAGAUACAUAGGAACAUGUUCCGGGUGGUGGAGAAGUUUGCCAGGAAGUCUCACUCGUUCAACAUCAACGACGUGCUGUCGUCGCAAAGCGUAAGAGACGGAAAGAACCACCAAGGCGGAAACCCUCACCUCACUGGCAGUGGUGCUGGCGCAUCGCAUUCCCACGCACCGCAGAGCAGCCACCACCAAGGAUACGACGGCACAGCCACAGGUCACAACCACUCAUCAUCAACAUCAUCAUCAGCAACGCACGGCAGCCAUCAAGACCCCUUCUCAACACUAGCAAACGGCCUCUCAUCAGCCCUCCCGUUCAAGCUCCCAAGCUCGCAACUCUCACGCUUCGACAUCUUCGCCUCGUCGCGCGAACUCGAGCCUCUAAACGACGGCUUCGGCUCGCGCCCGGCAUCCGCCUUUGACAACCACAGCAGCAGCCCAUUCAACCCAUACCCAGCAGCAGCCUACGACGGCCCUCCCAACGAGCCCUACUCUACUCCUAUGGCUUAUCAGCCAGAGCAAAGCAGCUACGGGCAGGACAUGUACUACCAAGCCCCGCCCUUUACGCAGGGCUAUAAUAACAACAAUAACAACAACAACAAUUACUACGACGCCGGUCGACAGUCGCGUCAGAGCUACUACGAUCCCGGCGGCCGACAGUCGAGCCAGAGCUACUAUGACGGCGGUCGACAGUCGAGUCAGAGCUACUAUGACCAUGCGGCAGCGCCCCCCCAGUUGGCAGAAGAGUAUGCGAAUCGGUAUCAGACGAGCUAUCAGACUGGGUAUUAUGACGGUGGUGGUGGUGGUGGUCUGUCGCAGGGACCGCCACUACAACCGCCUGGUCCUCCUCCUCAGGGCGGUGGUUAUGUUCAGGGACAGGGACAACAAGGACAGGGGGAGGAGUCGGAUAUUGGGUGGUUUCGCUAGUUCUGGAUUGGGG